UGAGCGGCUCUAGUGUUCCAAUAUGAAUGGUGCGGGUUUAUGGCAGUUUGAAGGGUUUAAAGGAAGAAUGAGUAUUCGCAAUGGGGACGAAUGGGGACAAUGUUAAGAAAGUGCGGUCGUAAAGGGAAAGAGCUGUAAAUAGGCAGAAUAGGAACAGUUAGUAAAAUCUCAUCAGUGAUAUGUUUUAUGAAAACUUUCAAGUGUAUACAAAAUACAGGUGAAGUUGGGUUGAUGGAACUCAAAUUUGUGGAUGAGAUUUUCCUGCAAAUAACAAGGACGUAUAUUUGCUACUGUGAUCAAAAUCUACCCCUUACACAUUAGCUGAUCUAUGGUCGCCACCUUUUAUGAUUCAAAUGGACGGGGGUCAGUAAGGUUAAUAGAUAAUCUGUGAUCCAGACGAUGAAAAAAGUAAUUAUUAUUGCGCAACUGAGAUAGUAAUAGUAGUAGUAGUGGCUCUGUUAGUGCUUAAAAGACUAACCUCAAGAAGCAUUGCGUUAUGUAGUUACUUUUACCAGGGUUGGGAAGACAGGCACAUGUUGGUAGUGAUGUGAGUCCAUAUGACGCCCUCUGUGAGGAAUAAAAUUCCUGCCUUCGGAGAUGGCAACGUCUCUGAAACGAAAUCGCUCAAGGCGUAGAAUAGCUGCUUUAUCAUUUCUCUCCAACAUAUCUUUAGAUGGUACUUACAGAGAUACCAGGUUAGCGUUCUUUAUGCGAAAUGGUGCUUUUGGGAAAGAGGCAGAGAGAAAGCUGAAUCAGGGAGGCAAUGAGGAAUGUGUCUGUGAACGCGAUUCGGAAAAUUGGAAAAAUAAGGAUUCUGAUCUAGUUAUCACUACAGAAUCCAUUAGGACAAGUAGAAAGGAACAGAGAUCACCUCCAGAGCAUGGAAAAUCUCCAGACCAUCAGUCAAACAGUUCAGACUCAAAUCCUAGCGAAACAACUGCAACACCUUUGAAGGUACUUGAUCAGGAUGCACAGGUACUGCAGAGAAAUUUUAGCAGUACAGCCAGUUCAUUUCGUGAGAGAACAAAUACUGCAGGGAGUGAUCACAGUAGUCUGGACCGAAAGUUUGGGUCUGGAGGUCAGAAACGUAAACUGAUUCAUCACCAGUCAUCUCUAAUUGAAGACAAAUACUACCACAAUUUCAGUAGUAAUGAGAGCUUGGGACCAACAAUAGGACGCAGUAAAAUUAUCCCAGAGGUAUCUUCACCUCCACCAAGCAAGGAAGUUCGUUUCGUCCGUCCGACAAGAGGACAGAAUUUUCAAGAUGAACGUUUGGUGCUUGUAUCUGCCAAACACGUACCCUUUCUUGUAUAUUCUACUUUGCCAUACAACAAGGGUUGUCGGCCCAACAGAAGUGAUCUAAGGAAGGAUGGUGCAAGACGGCGACAUGCCUCAGGGCCACGUCCUUUGUCUGCGAUCAGUGAUGGGCUUGAUCCUUUUGACCUACUUGGUUUAGAGAAAGGUCAGGAAGGACAGGAGAUAUCAUACGGGCAACUGUUGGUGCCAUCACGUCAUUUUCUUAUUCGUGACCGUAAAAUGGUAUCAGAUGAAGUACCUGACAGUGCUGGGUUCAAACAUCAUGUUGUUGCCAGAUGUUUCUCCUAUGAUGCAGCAGGGCAUCGUAGCUCUACUCACUGUGGCUCUCCUCCAACCACAGCCACAGUGCUGUAUGAAAACAAACCAAGUGGAUCCUCAGGCAGUGGAACUGCUUUUGAAUGGGAUGACUUGGCUCUUAGCCUGCAGUAUGCACCAAACCUUCUGGAUGAUCCAGAGCUAAUUGCAGGCAAACACCGUACUCUGUUGACAUUCACAUCUUACAUGACUUCUGUUAUUGACUAUGUUCGUCCGUCAGAUUUAAAGAAGGAGUUAAAUGAUAAGUUUCGUGCCAAGUUUCCAUCAGUUAAGCUGACCUUGAGUAAGAUGAGGAGUCUCAAGCGAGAGUUGCGGAAAAUUGCACGACAGCAACCAGAUGGGCCUGUGGAUCUCCUUACCGUUGCCCAGGCUUAUGUUUACUUUGAAAAGUUGAUCCUUCGCAAUCUGAUCAACAAGGAGAACCGCAAGCUCUGUGCUGGUGCUUGUCUCCUGUUGUCAGCGAAACUUAAUGACAUCAAGGGAGAGCCCCUCAAGGCUCUGAUUGAGAGGACAGAGAAUGUGUUCCGGCUGAACCGAAAGGACCUUCUUACGUCUGAAUUUGCUGUGCUUGUAGCACUAGAAUUUGGUCUGCAUUUACCAACAUGGGAAGUAUUCCCCCACUAUCAGCGACUUAUAUACGAAUCCUGACAUGCCAGGGAACCUGCAUUGUGCAGGAGUAUUGUGUAACAGCAGGAAGCACUUCAAAUAUUCAUAGUACACAUACCAUAAAAAUGUUGUCUGCAGCUAAUGCUCUUGCCUGUGAUUGGUGUGAAGUGAAUGUAGUUUUCCUACAAGAUCUACCACCAUAAUAAGGUAAAGCAAAUUCUCAGUCCAUAGAGAAUUUGGAUGAAAAUACAAAGGAAUUUCUUUUAGUGUACCUUGAUAUAACUUCUUUCCUCAUACAAGGUUUAACUUAAUUCUUGUAUGAGCAUAUCAUUAUUAUAAUUUCCUCCAUUUAAUGUUUUCCUCAAUUUGGUGUGUUGUUUCUCAAUUGAUGGUCUGCAGAUUGCAGCUGCUUUGCAAGUUUGCAGGAUUUCCCCGAGUACUUCAGUCUCCCCUGCCAAUCCUCAUUCCAUCAAAUUCUCCAUAAGCAUUAUCACCAGUACAGG